AGAUUGCCCGCUUCGACCUCGCCUGAAUGCAAUAUUUGUGUCAACGCACCAUAAACGGCUGCUUGCCGAAAUGUCAUUAUACUGCCAUAUGUCUGAAUUCGGACACACAAAUACCGGUACACUUGGACUUCCGGCCUUGAUCCCGGGCCUCCUCCAAGACAAAACAGAGGUACAUGGACAGUGCUUGGCCUUGAUGCAUGAAGUCCAGAUAUGGACGCGCGAUCGGCGACUGAGCGCCUAGUCGAAUGCCACCAUACCGGGUGGGUUCACUGGGUUGGGCCAACUUGUUCUGGCCUGCCCUCUCCCCCGGAGUUCGGAGUAGAUCACUCUGGCCGCUUUGGCCUGGGCAGGCGGGAUUGGAUGAACGGCGUUUGUCAAAAGUGUCCACGCAGCAAGAGAAGUGUCCUUGUCAAGUGUCAACUUGCUCCCCAACUUGCCAAGCCUGGGGUCCCUGACAGUCCAUCAACUUUACGUUCGGACAAAAUGCCAAGCCCUGUGUGUUUGGUGGGAUCGGUCAUCCUGAUCUUCGUAUACAUACCGAUAACAACUACUCCGUACAUAGGUUGUGUUCUGUUCUGCUGCCCUCUGCAUGCUUGAGUUCCGUCAACUGCUCGCGAGAGGCCAGAGCAGCUGCUCACGGCUUUCGUGAUUUCAUCCCUCACGGAAUACUGCUAUGUCGCAGAGGGAGCGGGACGGCCACGGACCUGCGCGCGGGAGUUCAGAUCCCCCCG